AGAAGGAUUUGAGCUUCACAUCCUGCAGGUUAACGAAAAUGGUUGUGUCUAAGUCAUGGACAAUGGUGAAGCACUUUGUUGGUGCACCAAAACCUGAGGACUUCAAACUUAUCGAAAAAGAGCUGCCACCACUGCAAGAAGGAGAAAUUUUGCUGGAAUCGGUCUUUUUAAGUGUGGACCCAUAUAUGAGGCCGUAUAGUAGCCGGACUAUGAAAGAAGGGGAUGUAAUGAUAGGAUCCCAAGUUGCCAGGAUAAUAGAAAGCAAAAAUUCAGCAUUCACAGUGGGUGGAUAUUAUGUUGGAAACUCUGGCUGGACAACACACUUUAUAUCUAACGGCAAAGAUCUGCGUCCACUGCCUUCUGAAUGGCCUGGAUCUCUGCCCAGAUCACUGACUCUCGGAACAGUAGGCAUGCCUGGUUUAACUGCAUAUUUUGGCCUUUUGGAAAUCUGCAAUCCUAAGGAAGGAGAUGUAGUUCUUGUCAAUAGUGCUGCUGGAGCAGUCGGAUCAGUUGUAGGACAGAUCGCCAAGAUAAAAGGCUGUAAGGUAGUGGGAUCUGCUGGUUCAGAUGACAAAAUCCAAUAUUUAAAUGAAAUUGGCUUUGAUGAAGCUUUUAACUAUAAGACAGUGAGUUCUUUGGAAGAAGCCCUGAAGAAGGCAUCUCCAGAAGGCUAUGACUGCUAUUUUGAGAAUGUUGGUGGGAAAUUUUCCGAUGCUGCACUACCACAAAUGAAGGAUUUUGGAAGAAUUGCUGUCUGUGGUGUGAUAUCCAUGUAUAAUGAUGCAGUGCCUCCAUCAGGACCUUAUAUACAACCCACCAUUCUCUUCAAACAACUCCGAAUGGAAGGUUUCAUUGUGACGCGCUGGUCAGACAAAUUUCAAGAAGGACAAAAACAGCUCCUGCAAUGGGUUUUAGAGGGUAAGGUGAAAUAUCAUGAACACAUCACCAAAGGUUUCGAGAACAUGCCGGCUGGAUUCAUAGGAAUGCUCAGUGGAGAGAAUACCGGCAAAGCAAUUAUACAAGUUUAAAUAUGUCUGUAUACAGUUUACAUUACUAUGUCCUGCCACCUGUUAAGCUAAAUACUGCUUGUAGAACUUUAUACCUACAUGUUAUUACCACAAAAAAACUCAGCAAAUAUAUGUACAUUCAGAAGAUACCAUGAUUUUCUUAAUGUGAUAAUGAAGAAAGUUAUACACUAAACAAAUACAACUUUUUGCCCUUCCA